AUGUAUCUAACUAAUUCAUAUGCCCUUUCAAAAGUGAAUGAUACCACUCCUGGAUACAAUCCGCUUGAACGUCCCGUUGCUAACGCGUCAGAACCCCUGACUGUAAAAAUCAAGAUGUUUCUCCAGCAAAUAUUGGACGUUGAUGAAAAGAAUCAACUUGUUUCGUUGAAUGCUUGGCUCAGCUAUACUUGGCAUGACUACAGCUUAGCUUGGGAUCCAAAUAAGUACGAAGGCAUACAGGAUAUACGAUUUCCUGGCUCUGCAGAUCACAUUUGGAGACCGGAUAUAUUGCUAUACAAUAGCGCAGCAGAAGACUUCGACUCGACUUUCAAAAGUAAUUUAUUGGUUUAUUCCUCAGGUGAUGUUAAUUGGAUACCACCUGGUGUACUCAAAUUUGUCUGUAAAUUAGAUGUUACCUGGUUAGCGCAAUCUUUGAUUUACAGUUACAAAACUUGGAAUUAA